AUGAGUCCUGUAGCAGAGAACAACAAAUGGGUUAAGGUUGGGGAAAAAGGAAUCGGUCCUGGACCAAGAAGCUCACACGCCAUGACCGUGGCUGGUAACAAAGUGUACUGUUUCGGUGGUGAGCUUAAACCCACGAUCCCAAUCGACAACGAUCUCUACGUUUUCGAUCUCGAGACUCAAGAAUGGUCCAUAGCGAAUGCAACCGGAGACGCUCCUUUCCCCUGUUUCGGAGUCUGCAUGGUCACGAUCGGCUCGACCAUCUACGUUUACGGUGGUCGUGACGCAUCUCGUAAAUACAACGGAUUGUAUUCCUACGAAACUCUAACCAACGAGUGGAAAAUGCUAUCUCCCCCAGAAGAAGGUCUGCCGGGUCGUAGCUACCACUCGAUGGUUGCAGAUGAUCGGAAAGUUUACGUUUUUGGUGGUGUAAGUGCCAAAGGACGUUUAAAUACCCUCGAUGCGUACGAUGUUGUUGAUCGAAAAUGGGUUCAGUAUCCGUCGGCUGGAGAAGCUUGUAAAGGGAGAGGAGCACCGGGGCUUGCGGUUGUGGAAGGGAAAAUAUGGGUUUUGUUUGGGUUUGAUGGUAAUGAAUUGGAUGAUAUUCAUUGUUUUGAUUUGGCUAGUGGCGAAUGGACCGCAGUUGAAACCUCCGGGGAAAUACCGGAGGCGAGAAGCGUGUUUUCCGCGGUUUCUUGCGGGAAACACGUUGUUAUAUAUGGUGGAGAGGAAGAGCCGCAUGAGCUUAUGCAUAUGGGUGCUGGGAGAUUCUCCAGAGAUGUUUAUAAGUUGGAUACUGAGACUUUAGUGUGGGAGAAGGUGAAGCUUGUGGAAGGGACUAAAGAGGAGGAGAAGCCGAGCCCACGAGGGUGGUGCGCGUUUGCGGUCGCGGUCAAGGAUGGUCGUGAAGGGCUGCUAGUUCAUGGUGGGAAUUGUCCGACCAACGAGCGACUCGAUGAUAUGGUGUUUUUUGGUUUCUAG